CAGACACAAACCCAUCAGAGGGAGAAGAAGACUCAGAAGAGGGUUCUUUGAAUUUAAAGGAGGUUUGGAGGCAGGUUGCCAGGUGGCACCUCCCUCUUAACGCGAUUUCUGCAAUAACUUUCCUUCUUUCCCAUUUCCCCAUCUUAUCCUCCGCACUUGUAUAAAUCUGAACCCUCCUCCCUCUCUCUCCCACAACAAACACAAACACCUCUCUCUCUCUCUCUCUCUCUCAUCUGUUACCAUUCUAAUGGUGAAAAUGGCUACUGGGUUGCUCUCACUUUUGCUUGCAUUCGCACUGCUGCUCACUAAUCCUGCUUCUGCAGCUUUGCCUUUGGAUGGACUCUUGGCCAAUGGCAACUUUGAAGAACCGCCAAAACCAACAGACCUCAAGAAAACAGUUAUCAUAGGCAAAAAUUCACUGCCCAAAUGGGAAAUCGAUGGCCUGGUGGAGUACAUCUCCGCGGGGCCGCAACCCGGCGGAAUGUACUUUGAUGUAGCUCAUGGUGUCCAUGCUGUGAGGCUUGGCAAUGAUGCCUCAAUCUCCCAGACCAUUAAGGUCAAGCUAGGGUCUCUGUAUGCCCUGACAUUUGGGGCAUCAAGGACUUGUGCCCAAGAGGAGGUUUUGAGGGUGUCAGUUCCCCCCCAGGCAGGGGACCUUCCUCUGCAAACCUUGUACAGCAGCAAUGGCGGCGACACUUAUGCUUGGGGAUUCAGAGCAACUUCUGAAACUGUUAAAGUGACCUUUCACAAUCCUGGGAUUCAAGAGGAUCCUGCUUGUGGUCCACUCUUGGAUGCAGUUGCUAUCAAGGAGCUUUUCCCCGUGUACCCCUCUAGAGAUAAUUUGGUCAGAAACCCUGGCUUUGAAGAGGCUCCCCACAGGUUAUUCAACUCUUCCCAUGGUGUACUCCUCCCUCCAAAACAACUAGAUGCGACAUCCCCGCUCCCCGGCUGGAUCAUCGAGUCCCUCAAGGCCGUAAAGUUCAUCGACGCAAAACAUUUUAAUGUUCCAUUCGGAAAGGGCGCAGUUGAGCUUGUUGCAGGGAGAGAAAGUGCCAUAGCCCAGGUUCUUAGAACUGUUCCCAACAAGCUCUACAGCCUUUCAUUCACUGUCGGUGAUGCAAGAAACGGCUGCCAUGGAUCAAUGAUGGUUGAAGCAUUUGCCGGCAAGGAAACGCUCAAAGUUCCGUUCACCUCCAAAGGAAAAGGCGGGUUCAAGACGGCCAGUUUCAGGUUCAAAGCGGUUUCAAUCAGGACGAGAAUCACGUUCUUCAGCUCUUUCUACCACACCAAGGACUACGGAGCUCUUUGUGGCCCUAUCCUAGAUGAAGUUAAGGUUUCCCCUGUUGCUUAAAUGCUAGUUUUUUAGUUAUAUCACCACAAAACUACAACAUCAUUAUAGAGACCAAUGGCCAGAUGUGUUACCGUUAUAGAAGUAUUAGGGCUAUAGAAGUAUUAGGGCUAGUUUGGUAUUGUUACGCUAUACUUUUUACUAGAGUUAUGAAACUUUUCAGGAAUAAAAUUAAAAUCCAUCACCGAUUAACUCGUUAUGGUCGAAUUCUAUAACUACCGGACCUAGAGUUUUUUUCUUCAAAACGCUACUUCAAGUGUUCUGGACAGUAAUGCAACUUUAAAGGGGCUUUAUAUGUGAA